AAAGGCAUAGCGCACAGCUGCACCUGUUGAGCAGGUUGGAUUGGAUAAACCUUUCAGGGGGAGGGGUCAACGGCACAAUGACAGGAGCAAGGAGAAAGGAGAGGAAUUUGCCAUCUGACACACAGACAGUGAUUGAUGUGAGGAGAAAAGACGUGCGACAGUUUUGGGAAUAUGCUGCAUCUGUUUACUGCCAAAAUAAUCUCUCCUCUGGAAUCACUUCACUCCUCAGAACCGCUUAUCAUUGAAUGGCUAUGGCGCUGCCUGUAGCCUUUCUGUCUGAAGACCAGUUCACCUGCUCGAUCUGUCUGGACGUGUUCAACAACCCAGUGUCAACACCAUGUGGCCACAGCUUCUGCCAGGCCUGCAUCUCCUCCUACUGGGAUGGAGGAGGAAAGGGCACCUUUGUUUAUGAGUGUCCCCUCUGCAAGGAGUCCUUCGGAAAGCGACCAGAGCUCCAAAUCAACCGAACCCUGAAGGAAAUUACUGAACAGUUCAAGCAGAUGGCCAACACUGGAGUACCAAUAGAUGAAAGAGGUGGAGGACGAGUGGAUGUUACAAACUCAAAAAAAAAUCAUCAUCGCCUGGCCCUGUCUCCACCACAGAGGCUGGGGGAGAUGCCGGAGACCAUCUUUGCUGAGAUGAUGACUCGUUUUCAGCGGCUGUCAACUUCCGGGAUACCUGAGACCACCCUGCCCUAUCUCAAUGACCCCCACCCCCAAAGCCCCAGUCCAGUCAAUGCUCAGACGUCCGUCCAUGCUCAGAGCAAUGAGCACCAUGAACCGCCUCCACCCUACUCACGUCCCCGCAGAGAGAGCAUCUUUGAGGACCUCCUUAACCCGACCAACAUGUCCUCUGUGGAGGAGGUAGAGUGGGGAGAAGCCUCAUCUAUAUCCAUGGCAGAAGUCUCUGAGGUAGUUAAGAAGCUGUUCAGCAGCAAGGUGCCAGGUGUGGAUGAGAUUACCCCUGAGAUGUUGAAGGCUCUGGACAUUGUUAGGAUGUACACUCUGAGCGGGCCCGGUGACUCUUCACCCAAUCUGCCUCUGUGUCCUGUCCACCUGAGAGGUCUCGAGUUCUUCUGUCGUACUGACAACACCUGUGUCUGCUGCAUCUGUAUGGAGACAGCAGAGCACCGAGGACACAGCGUCAUCCCUGCUCAGAGAGAGUGGCACAUCAAGAAGUCCCAGUUAGGUCUUGCAGAGGUGGAGCUGAAGGAUCUCAUCUGUGAGCGAGAGAGGAAAGUAGAAGAAAUACAAAACUCCUUACGAGAGAUAAAGGCUGCUUCUGAGAGAGAGACAGACGGAGCUGUCUGUGUGUUUUCCAAGCUGAUCUCCAGUUUGGAGCAAUGCCAAGCUGAGAUCUUGGAGGUGGUAGAAAUGAGUCGGCGAGCGGCUGAGCACCAAGCUCAGGGCCUGUUGAGAGAGCUGGAGGAGGAGAUAGCUGAGCUAAAAAAUAGAAGUACAGAACUGAGCCAGCUGGCUCUGACUGAAGACUACGUAUUCUUUCUCAAGUUGUUCCCUACCCUGUCCGCCACUCCAUCAGCUAAGGACUGGUCCAGUGUCUCUGUGGUGUCGGAGCUGACCUCAGGGGUGAUUCUCAGGACUGUCACCCAAAUGAUGGAGCGCUUUCAGGAGGAGAUGCAGAAACUGCCAGAAGUCUGCCAGCGAUCCUCAUUGGGCCAGUCUGUACCCAGGCCCAACCCAAAGCCAAGAAGGGUUCAAGAAUAUGCAGCCAACAUCACUUUAGAUGCCAACACAGCACACCCACGUCUCGUCAUCUCAGCAGAUGGGAAGCAGGUGCACUGUGGUGACCGCCAUCAGUUGGUACCCGACAACCCUGAGCGCUUUGACCGGGUGGUGUGUGUGCUAGCCCGUCAGGGCUUCAGCUCAGGACAGCAUUACUGGGAGGUGGAGGUAGGUGAAAAGACUGACUGGGACCUGGGAGUGGCAAGCCGUUCCACCAAUCGGAAGGGCAAAAUCACUGUAAGCCCCGCCCAUGGCUACUGGUUCCUCAGCUUGCGAGAUCGGAGCGACUACGCCUUCCGAACAGAACCUUCAACCGCCCUGACAGUCAGCCAUAGACCCUCCCGGAUUGGAAUCUAUGUGGACUGUGAUAAAGGACUGCUGUCCUUCUACGACGUGGAGGCCAGACUGCUCAUUUAUACAUUCACAGAUAUUUUUUCUGACACUAUCCAUGCAUUUUUCAGCCCCUGUACUAAUAAAUCAGGACGGAAUAAGGCUCCACUAACCAUUGUCCCUGUUGCAAAGACGGAAUGAAAUGGGCCAACAAGUUAAAGACACCUUUACUAAUGGGGAAUGCUCCUACAUGCCUCCAUGUAUGUCAGAAGAAGACUAGAUGCACAAACAUACUUCUAGAACAGAGUUGAUCACAUCUUCACUUCAUUUGUUUAUUGCAUUAGAGUAGAUAAUGAACCAUUAGCAUGUUAACGUCCUAUUAUACAUGGCCACAGAUAGCAUGUUAACAUUAUGUAUGUAUUAUGAGAAUAGGAUACUGGUUUCAAGAUAGUAACCAUUUAUCCAAAUUAAAAUGCUUGUACAACA